AUGCCACCUCGCGCCGGUUUCGCGCUGCUGGCGGUCUUUGGAGCCUCUUGCCUCUCCGUCGCGCAGGAGCCGUGCGGCGACUCCAACUCUGCGUGUGGCUCGUGGGCCGACGCCGGUGAGUGCGGCAAGAAUGUCGGCUUCAUGAAGGCCGAGUGCGCUGAGUCGUGUGGCUUCUGCACGCCGCCUCCUAUGCUGACGGCCGCUGACGAUCCGCUCCUCGGGCCCGAGCGCGUGGUCCUGAGCAUACACUAUGGCGAAAAGGUACCCCAGCGAAGCGGCCGGACUUCCGGUGAAGCCGCCACCCAGGUCUCGAGCUUCAGCUGGCGAACCAUCAUGCCGCUCUCGGCACCGCAGCAGCGCGAGCGCCGCGCCGCGCAGCGCGCUGCCGAGGCUCAGGACGCGGCUCGCGGGCAGCGCAACCGCCCGGCGCCGAGCCGGUGCUAG